AUGGCAAGCAAAAAAACGAGCGUAGAUUUAACGAAAGGCAGCCGAAGCCCCGUCGGGUCUGAAGGGGAGAUGUUUGGCGAAUUUCAGGACUGGUGUCUUCGCACUUACGGAGACUCGGGUAAAACAAAGACUGUCACUCGGCGUAAAUAUAACAAAAUACUCCAGACCCUUCUGCAGAGCGACGAGUCGGACAGCAGCGUCUACAUCGAAAGCAACCACAUCAACGCAAAAUUUAAGUUCUGGGUGAAAUCCAAAGGUUUCCAAGUCGGGAAUAGCGACGGGGAUCACGGGAAAAACGGAGCUUCGGACAAACCGGUCCUGUACGUCCCUAUUAAGGCAACGUGUGUGGAUGGAGGCUCAGGUCAUGAGGGCUCUGCCCUUAAAAGGGUGGCGGUGGUGGAGGACUUUUUCGACAUCAUCUACGCCAUGCAUGUAGAGAUCAGCUCAGACCCCAGCAAAGCACCCAAACACGCAGGACAGAAGAAAACCUACAAAGCAAUUGCUGAGACAUAUGCCUUCCUGCCCAGGGAGGCGGUGACCCGUUUCCUGAUGAGCUGUGGAGAAUGCCAGAAGAGGAUGCACAUCAGCUCCAGUGGAACAGACUUUAAAGAGAAUGACCGGCCAGCUGCUCUGGUUCCUGACCUGAUUGACUAUAACAUGCCUCUGACCACCACCUAUCUGAAACAGAUGAAGCUGCAGUGCGUGAGCACCAAUGAACAGGAUGAGAGUUCAGUGAGCAGUGAGGAUUUUGAUAUGAGUGACCCCACAUGGGUAUCAGCUGAUCGCGGUCCUGCGUCUGGUCCCAACGCAUCCACCAACGGAGAGAGAAUGCACAGCCCUCAGAACACUCACAAGGAGGAGGAUGAUGACUCUUCUUCAGAGAGUGCGAACGGGAACGGUGUACACACUCUGACUCCUCCAUGCUCAGGCAGACCGGGCGUCUCUGACGGCACUGGCGCCGCUUCAUAUGGGGAGGUUAAUGGAAAUGGAACGCCAGCGCCGCUAGACUUCAGCGCCACGUCAUCCUCCUCCUCCUCAGAGGACCAGCAGCCUGUAAACCUGAGCGAACGCCUCAACGAGCGGAUUCCCACGGCAGGGCCGGGCACCGCCGUCUUAGGGCAGUUCCACGGUGAAAGCUCCGAGGAUCUGCGCAGAAAAUACCCUGUCAAACAGCCAUUAGCCAGUGAACUUCGCUACGACAGAGACGUCAGGGACUACGGAAGCAAGUCUCCUCAGUACAUCUCAGGGACUUACGAUUCGUUGAAGCUUGAGAUGUGUCCAGAGGACCUGACAGUGAGUCGCUCUCAGACAGCCGACGACGAUGACGAUGACCACGACGACCACGAUGACAACGACAAAAUCAACGACACUGAGGGGGUCGACCCAGAGCGACUCAAAGCUUUCAAUAUGUUCGUACGGCUAUUUGUGGAUGAGAACCUGGACCGUAUGGUUCCCAUCUCCAAACAGCCCAAAGAGAAGAUCCAGGCCAUCAUCGAGUCCUGCAGCCGCCAGUUCCCUGAGUUUCAGGAGCGAGCCCGCAAACGCAUCCGCACCUACCUCAAAUCCUGCCGCCGCAUGAAGAAAAACGGCAUGGAGACACGGCCCACGCCACCACACCUCACCUCUGCCAUGGCCGAGAACAUACUUGCUGCAGCCUGUGAAAGUGAAAGCCGCAAAGCCGCCAAGAGAAUGCGCAUGGAUGUCUAUCAGGCACAUGAAGAGCAGAUUGCAGUAGACAAGCCAAUAUCUCGUGAGCCAGCGUCUCUGGCCCACUCUGCAUACGGUCUGUCUGCCUCUGCCUACUCUCAGGACCAGCUCUACAUAAACGGUGUACUCGGAUAUAGUUACCGUGGAUACGCUGGCUUAGGCGGCAGUAUGCAACACCCAGUCUCCUUGACAACUGCCACAGCUCAAAGCAACGGUCCAACGGAUCUCAGUAUGAAAUCUCUGGCAUCCAACUCAUCAUCCUCCAGCUCCAACAGUCACAGUGGGCGGAACGGAGCAGGAGGGGGCGGGGCUUCGGCCCAGCUGAGUCCUACAGAGAUCACUGCAGUGCGUCAGCUGAUCGCUGGCUACCGCGAAUCCGCUGCCUUUCUCCUACGGUCCGCCGACGAGCUAGAGAGUCUCAUAUUGCAACAGAACUGA